AACCGUAUCGCGGCGGUGGGGGCUCCAACGGGAGCGCUGCCGUCGGUCGGCCGUCGCGCAUAAAUACAGCCGCCGUACGGUUUCCGUAUCAUUCGAUUCGAUUCGUCUUCAUUCGCCGAACGACAAACGACCAGUAAACAGCUACCAUGACAGGCAGAGGCAAAGGAGGAAAAGGUUUGGGAAAAGGAGGCGCCAAACGUCAUCGUAAGGUGCUCCGUGACAACAUCCAAGGUAUCACCAAGCCCGCCAUCCGUCGGUUGGCUCGCCGCGGUGGUGUCAAACGUAUCUCCGGUCUUAUCUACGAAGAGACCCGUGGUGUGUUGAAAGUGUUCUUGGAAAACGUCAUCCGUGACGCAGUCACGUACACCGAACACGCCAAGAGGAAGACCGUCACCGCCAUGGACGUCGUAUACGCCUUGAAACGCCAAGGCCGUACCCUGUACGGUUUCGGAGGUUAACUCGCUCGUCGUGUGUAUCAAAACUACAUCGGCCAGCUCUCUUCUCACGUUAAAACGGCCCUUUUCAGG